UCUUCUAUUUUUUUUUUUUUUUUUUUUAAGAAUAUUUAUUUCCUCCUCUUAUAAACCCUGCAAUUUCAUAUCCUCCUCUUCCUCACUUCAAUAAUCAUCCCUUCCCUCUCUCUCUCUCCUCUCUCUACAAAAUCUUAAUCUCCACAAAACAUCCUAAUUUUGGCAUCCAUAUUUAGGUAUUGUCAGAAGCCGCUCGCUCUCUUUUUACUUCCUCGUAUGAAGAACUUCUUCAAAUGCUAGUUCAUCAGUUCUUCCAAUUUCUGGUUCAACAAAAUACAGUUUGAUUCUCAAUUCAUUCAAUUUCCCAGUGAGUUUUAGCAUCUGGGAUUUAAUCAGUUUUGCUUUUCCUCCAUCUUUCUUCAAGAGCGAGCGGCCAAAAACAGAGCAAAAAAAAGAAGAAGAAUCUUCAUUUUCUAGAACAUUCUAGAUGGAUUCUGCAAAGAACAGAGGAAAAUCGAAGAAGAUGAUCGAAAAAGAGAGCGCGAUGGAUUGGGAGAGAGGCGAAGCUCAGAAUCUCGAUAGAGAAAAAUGGUGCCCUGCUUUCGACGAAGCUUCCUUUUCAAACCGGCCUUUCAAGAAGGUUCGGAGCCCCGACCGCCGCCAGAAUUCGUCGUCGUCUUCCUCGUCGCCGCCGCUUCUACCCGCAAUGACGCUUCCGCCGCCGUACUUUCCGUUCUCGCUCGACAAUCCUCCGCCGCCGGAGCAAUCGGGGUCGAAUCCAACCCCAUUGUUCCGGCCGCAGCAGCAGAUGAUUUCAUUCGCGCCGCAGUAUCAGCAGAAUAUGCCCUUCCCGCCUUAUUUUGCCGGCGAGGCGGCGGCCGCGGCAGCCGCCGCAGCGGCGCCACAGCUGCAGCAGCUCCAGCUGCUGCAGCACUGGAGCGACGCGCUGAAUUUGAGCCCGAGGGGGCGGAUGAUGAUGAUGAGCAGGCUGGGGCAGCACGGGCGGGCGGCGCUCUUCCGCCCGCCCGGGGCGAUGCCGCCGCUGACGGCGACGAAGCUCUACCGGGGCGUGCGGCAGCGCCACUGGGGGAAGUGGGUGGCGGAGAUCCGCCUCCCGCGCAACCGCACGCGGCUCUGGCUCGGCACGUUCGACACCGCGGAGGACGCCGCCCUCGCCUACGACCGCGAGGCCUUCAAGCUCCGCGGCGAGAACGCGCGGCUCAACUUCCCCGAGCUCUUCGUCGGGAAAGCGGCGCCCCCUGCACCAGCGACGGACGAGGAAGAGCAUGAGCAUUCCUCCUCGUCCGUCGCUGCCGAGCUUGAUCCGUCUCCGUCGCUGCCAAUGCCAACGAUGGAUCCGGAGGAGGAGCCCCCGCCCUCCAAUUCCGUGGAAGGCGGAGGCAAUGCGGACGGCAGAGACGGCGUGUCUCCGUCGUCGGAGCUGGUGUGGGGCGACAUGACGGAGGCGUGGUUCGACUCGAUUCCGGCGGGGUGGGGCCCGGGGAGCGCAGUGUGGGACCACUUGGAUUCAAAUAAUAAUUUGAUGCUGCCUCCAAAUCUUACCCCAUUUGAGAAUAUUAAGCAUCAAGACUCUGAAAAUCAUUCCGAUUCACAGAAACAGGACAACAGAGAUUCAUCAUCUUCUUCUUCUGUCAGACCCUUCUUCUGGAACUAACUCUCUCUCUCUCUCUCAUCAUGACAUGCCAUGAACAAGAAAAGGAGAAACAUCUUUUAGGUCAUCUCCUCUUCAAUUCUUUCCUAGGUAGCAGAUUUUCACAAUGUCUGCUUAUCCACUUUUCUCUCUCUCUCUCUCUCUCUCAGCUGCAGAGGGCUGCAUAUUAGAGGCCAAUCUGCAUGGGAAUGUGGUUUUAUGUAAUUAAUUAGUUUCAUUUGAAGUUUGUUAAUUAGGGGUUUUUGGGAGACAGUUUUGUGAUCUCCUUAAUUUCGUAGUGAUUUAUAUAUUUUUAUCCAUUAUUGUUUCAUUAGAUCUGUUUUUAUUCUGAUCUAAGGAAAGAUGGAAAAUUAAUCAGUAGUUAUUUUUGUAAAUUUGUUAAAUAUUUUGCAUGCCACUUUUGCUUU